AUGGACGAUGCAAGGCUUAUUCCGAAUGAAGAAUAUAAGGUUCACGUGGUGUCAAGUGAUGCAACUGACAUGCCUGCGGAUGAACCCCCUGAUGAUGUUAUGGCUGGUUUAAAUCCCGCGCAACAGGUGGCAUUUCGACGUCUAUGGCAAAAGGUGCCCGCGCAUAUACGAGAUGUUCGCUUCAAUUUCAACGCGGAGUUGUGGGAACCCGAAGACAUAAUAAAGCUAAGUGAUCUGUUAUGCAAAUAUGAGCACAGAUUUUCAAGGGACGGUACUGAUUUGGGACAAGUAAAGGUGGAUCCGUUCCGAAUUAUUUUGAAACCGGGAGCACAGCCGGUGAAACAACGGCCGUAUCGAUAUUCGCCGAUCAUAAACGAAAAAGUGCAGAUAGAAAUUGACAAACUGCUGUUGGCAGGGGUCUUGCGACGAUCCUACAGUAAUUGGGCAAGUCCCUUGGUCGUGGUCGCAAAAGCUAAUGGAGGAGUACGGUUAACUGUGAAUUACAAAAAAGUGAACCAAAUGAGCGUUAUACCGAAACUACCGAUACCAGUAGUAGAGGACAUUCUGGCGGAUCUGAAGUCGGCAAAAAUAUUCAGCACUCUGGAUUUGAUCAGUGGAUUUUUCCAGUGUUGUAUUGAAGAGGACAGCAUCCCGAUCACUGCAGUUAUUACGGCCACCGGUUUAUAUGAAUUCAUGGCUAUGCCGCAAGGAUUGUCGAGUAGCCCAGGGUGGUUCCAUUCAGUCAUGCAACGCGUGUGUGAUGGGCUGGAGAGGGUGCGAUUAUUCAUUGAUGAUGUUAUCGUAUACUCCCGAAAUGGUGCAGAACACGUGCAGGAUCUGGAAAAGUUUUUCGAGCGCAUGACAAAGUUCAAUCUGAAGCUAGCGCCGAAGAAAGCACAAUUGGGGGUGAAGGUGGUAACGUUUUUGGGACAUCAAGUAACGGCUGAAGGGAUCGAGCCAUGUCCGAAGAAGGUGCAAGCGGAGUGAUUCCUGCGAGAAUGGGUCCUGUCUUGGGUGGGCGAAAACGUCCGACGCAAGCCGACCCUCGCAAGAAUUUUGUGUUGGGGGAAGAUGACCAUCAGCCGUUCACGACCGAUGAAGAGGCAGAUAGGACGUGGCAGGCCAAACCGAAAUCCGGGACAGUUCGACAGGCUGUUGGGGGAUGAACCUGUAAGGACAUACGUGCCUCUGAUGUUACGACCUUGGGUGAUGGACUGCGCACACAAAGAAGCAGUACACCUAGGUGAGAAGGGUGGCAAUUUGCGGUGGUGACACAAGUGGGGGUGGAUCAAGCAACUGGAAAGACAAGGCACACGAUCAAGCUGCUGGACGUCGGAAAACACAUCAACGUGGAGCUAAAGGAGAGCGCGCUAACAACGGAUAAUCUGGUGCAGCAACCUGGAACUUGGUGCUGGCAUGCUCAUGCUACCAACAAGUCCGUGAAGAAAUACAUGUUUGCAUUGGAAUCAUGAGUGGUAAGGAUGAGACGAUAGUUGCAAGAGUGAGCGCAGGAAAUAUGGUGGGAAUUGACUGGAACAGAAAGAAGAGUGAGGGAUUGAAGGAAGGCGUACAUGGAGCAUUCCGGGGACAAUUUAGGCCCCUUUUCCGCCCCACCUUGCGCCCCACUUUCAUCACGCUCGCAUACGACAACCGGGGUGGAGCCCGCUGUCGUACUCGCAGGGCAGGACCACACCAUCACAAGGGAGGUUAUUUGCCAGGACAGCGCGGGAUUUAUUCACGGCUGAAUCGAUGCCUUCAACGCGGGGGAAAGAUACGGGGAAUUCAAGGAAACGAGCGCAUGCCACAUCCAGCUCGAGCCAUGUUCCGGUUGAGAGCAGUCGCGGCGCUCCGAGACAACGAGGAACUUCGGCCGGUCGGACUACUCGCGCAAGAACGGCCUCGACAAGAUGGUGGGCUACAUCAGAUCGGCCGACGACUCGAAACUAGAAGAACUCAUGGACAUCCUGCGGUUUUUCGACGAGUGGCGGGCCUCGCUGGAGGCUAGACCGACGCUGGGCGACGGCGCCUGGAAGGCGCAUUUCAUCACCGACCACUCGUAGACCGACAUCCGGGAUAUCGUGGAACGCCGGUACGGGCACAUGCGCCAAUGUCUUGGGUCGCACAGCAAUCCGACAGCUGCGCAAGCGAAGGAAAGGGCUGCACGAGGGGACCUGCA